AUGGCUUCACUGCCACCUCGCCAGCAGUCGCAAAGACGCUCCUCCCCAGAGCAGACAUCUUCAAGUCAACCUCAGCCUAACUCGACCUCACCCGCACGAGCACGAUCCGCGACGUCAGAAGACUCGCAGACCCUCUUUGUGAACCACCACCGGUCUCCAGAUCAGGCAGGAACAUCUGCACCCGAAGACCACCACCAACAGCAACAGCAACAACAGCCAUCACAACCAUACCCCAAACCAGAAGAAGAUCCUCGCCCCUCCUCCCCAAACGAAACCCGUGACAUCAAAACCUGCUGGAUCUGCUUCGCCGACAGCACCGAAGACACCCCCACCACUUCUCCCUGGCGUGACCCCUGCCCCUGUGCCCUCGUAGCCCACGAAGAAUGCCUCUUAGACUGGAUAGCAGAUAUGGAGGCCCCUUCCAAAAAUGCCCGAAGCCGCUCCAUCCGUGCGCCGAGGAUCGAGUGUCCGCAGUGCAAGACUGAGAUUAAGCUGAGCCGAUCACGGGAUUAUGUGGUGGAGGCUGUGAGGGGCAUCGAGAGGUUAGGGGCUCGGUCUGUGACCCCUGGGGCCUUGGCGUUUUUGAGUGCGGGGGUGUAUCAGAGUAGUAUGCUUUGGGGUAUGCAUUCGACUUAUGCGGUUUUUGGGGUGGAAGAUGGGUAUAGGAUAUUACGGCCUCUUUUGUAUAAUGCUAUGAGAGCGCCGCUGGAAGUCUAUGCUGCGAGGCCACAAGAGGCGGCGACGAAAUUGCUUGGGUUGGUGGUGGACCAUCUUGUGCAUUGGAGGCUGUAUGUUGGUUUGCCGCUUAUCACACCCAUGCUCAUUCUCUCGCGGACACAUCUCGCCGACUCAAUACUACCGGUCCUGCCUGUCUUGUUCUUCGCCACGCAGACCCAUUCCUCUCAAGAGCCUAUGGACUUCACACAGUGGCCUCCUUCUGCGAGUCUAUGCUUUGCCGUCUUACCUUACGUGAGGCAAGCAUACAACAUCUGCUACGAAAAAGUCUGGGCCGCAAAAGUGAAGCAAUGGUUACAAGAAGUGCAGCCCCGAAGUGGUGCUCCACAGGAUGAAGUAGAAGUCGGCGUACGUGAAGAUCAACUCGACGGUCUAGAAGCAGACGAGGAGGAAGAGAAUGUCUUCGAGGUCCGGAUAGAUGGCAAUAUCUUCUGGGACGACUGGGAGGAUCCUCAACAGCCAGAGGUGCAACAGCCUGUUCGACUAGCGCAGGGACAGCAAGCUCCACCCCUCAACCAACCACCAGCGCCUGCGGGCAAUGAAGCAGACCAAGCACAACCUCCACCUAAUAUCCGAGGCGAUCGUCCUCCACCACCACAGCCGGCCCCUGUCCCUGCCGCCGCCGCAGCACCUCCUCCACAAGCACAGCCCCAGCAACCCCCCGAACGCCGCCUAGCCUUCUCCACCACCGCCCUCGCCGAAACCAUUCUCGGCGCACUCCUCUUUCCCACCCUCGCCGGCCUCUCAGGCGAACUCCUCAAGGUCUUCCUCCCGCUCUCCUGGACCGCGCUCCCCGUCGCGGCGAGAAUGUCUUCGAUAUUUGGCGGUUCGAGGAAUUCAGGGGCGGCGACGGCUUCGCCAACGGGGAUAUUGCAGACGAAGUGGGGCAGGAGUGUGGUGGGCGGGUGUGCGUUUGUGGUUGUUAAGGAUGCGGUGUUGGUUUAUGUUAGGUGGAGGAUGGCGAGGAUGCAUCGGGGACGGAGGGUGCUGGAUUAUGCCGGGACGGCUAGGAGGGCGGGAAGAAGAUGA